ACUACAGAAAAAACUUUGGACAAGCGCAUUCGAAGUCUUCUCAGGGCAUUGGAAAGUAAAAUAACCUCCAGAGAACAAAACCCUUGACAGAAGGUUAAGUCUUCUGAGAUACGCCUCCCGAGAUUGUCUGUGGCACUAUUUGUUUGGAAGGGUUACUACAGCUCAUGCACAGAAGCCCAUUUGAAGUCGACUGACCUGAUAUUGGAAACAUACAAUUCAGACAAAUAUUUCAGAGAAGGGCAAGGUUGGUAAGAGGAAUAAUGGUUCAUUAUGAGCAAAGAAAGGCACGGCUGGUGCUCAGAAACACACCGGGUGGAGGAGGUGAUCCUCCAAGGUUGGUAUUAAGGCAACAGAGAGAGGAGUCACCAUUUCCAAAUGGCAAUAAUACAACAAACAUACCUUUACAUAUGGCCUAUCUUCAACAACCUUAUCAUGGUUCUUUCCAUAAUGUGGGCCCUGGCACUUUACCAUAUGCGACCUUCCAACACCAGCUGCCAAUGACAUAUAACGUUCCGCUGAACAUGAAUAUGGCUGCUGGUCAUGUAGCAUUACGGACAGUCAACACGAGGACUCAUCAUCAUAACAUAGCUAUCCAAGACGGCCGGGGUCCUGAAAAUGGCGAUGAUAUAUAUGCUGAGUGCACCCCGGUUCUCGAGGAGCGUCGAGAUGAGAAUACCGGAAGAGUUUCCCCCCGAGUUGCAUUACGCACUAUGAUGCAGCAAACUUUAAGACCAAAUACACAGCCCGAUAAAUUUGGACGCCAAACACAUUACACUCAACAUUCGCACUACCCACGAGAUGCUUUUCGCAUCAGUUCAAGCGGCGCCAGUGUGGAAUCGGAUAUUUCAAUUUGCCCUCCGAUUGACAGAUGCCUUGAGGCUAAUAUUAGAGAACAGCUUGCUCGUUCCGGUCUUCUCCGAGAUUGUCCAGAUCCAGAAUACGUUAGCAGACCAAUGGCGGUUGAUCCUUCAAUUAUCUCUUGUGGAAGAGCCUUGAAGCAACUGGGGCCAAUGAAUCAUCGCAGACCCCAGUACCUCUUCGGUCGAACACAGCCAUGUGAAGAAUUUAGAUUUAAUAGAGAGUUUACGCGGGCACCUCUUGUAAACAACAGCUCGCCCCAAAAGUUCCAGAAAAAUACUGGAAUCCCAACUUACAGAGCUAGUCCGCAGUCGACUAUCCCUCAGAUUCAGACGUACAGAGGUGUUGAUUCAGUGAUCAAAGAGCCAAAAAGAAAAGAUAGCCCUCAGUCAUACAAGGUUGAAGCUGGAUCAAAAUUCUUGACGAAAGAUGAUUACACUCCUACCAAGAGAAUCAUUGGCUACUAUGUAGAUUCUUCGAGCGACAGUCCUAAAUCCGCUCAGAAACUUCCAAUCGAGCCCCUUAGCAUUCAGGAGGAGACAACGCCGAGACCUUCUAGGCAACCUGUCAAGGAUCGCUUAGGUGGUGCCUCGGAACCAGAAAUGACACAACCUCCCAUCAGAGAGGGAAAAUACAAAGUCAACAUGAGUGAGGACAUAUCCAAGAUAUCGGCUCCUUCGACAGAAACUGUUGCUGAGGGACCUCCUCCCAAGCUGAUUAAGUCUAUCGACAGAUAUACUUCUAAUCCAAAAGAUUGUGUCCACGUUACAGCGCGGGAACUGUCAGAGGAAGAAUCAACUGAAAGCCCGGACGGCAAGAAAGCAGGAGAUUUACUUGAGGAUUGCAUUAGGUCCCUUGCUACGUGGGAAAAGGGUGAUCGAGAAGUACUUCAUAAGCUUUUGAAGGUUUUGAAAAGACUUGACGAUGAUGGUGACAAUGAUUUCAAGUCUAUCGAGAAUUUGAAGAUUGCUCACGACACCAAACGUAGCCCGAGAAAGAAGAGGGGUUCCAGCAACACUCUCAACCCCGAGGCAGCAUGCUUCGAAGACUUUGCGUCUGAAAGGGCUCAUAUUACACGCACUUACCAUGAACGGCAAAGUACCUUCUGGAAGGAAGAAAUUAACCCAACCUCCAACGAAAUGUUACCAAUGUUUUACCCAAAGCCGCUUAUGCCAGCAGAGCCGGUUUGGAUCAAGAGCCAGCCAAAGAAGCUCGUACUACCACCUCCAGGUCUUUCUAUUCCAUGCAAAGCACAUGUUGGUCGUAAAGUGCCAGUCAAAACGACACUGAAGCAGCCUCUAAAUGAGGAUGAUGAAGGAAGAACAGCCAAAGCUAUGGACCUCCGUCUAGCAGCGCCACUUCUUGCUCGGUUUUACGAAAAGUAUCCAUUGACUGGUACGAUAUGCACUAAUCCACCUUCGCCUCCCCCGGUUGCUGUGAAGAGUGCUGCGGAGAUUCAAGAGGAGCUUGAGCGUCUAUUGUUGCAAGAAAAGGAGAAAAAGGCAUUUGCAAAUCCUUUUGCUACUAAGCCUCGUGCAUCAAACGGUGCUGCCGAACUUUGAAGCUUCGAAGCUUGUUAAAUGAUUGAGAGUGGGUAAUGAAUAAUGAAUCAAGAAAAGCGGAAGUAUUGAUUAACAUAGUAUAUUAUCCUUUUUGAUGGCAGUAGUGUUUAGUGUUAUUUUAAGAUAGCGGCGAUACUUUACGCAGAGCAGAGAAGCAGAGAGCACUUGUAUACAAUUAUUUGUUGUAGUAGUCUUGAAUUUUAGCCCUUGUUGGACUCGUGAUUGUAAAAUUCGUCGAAUUUUGUGUAUGAUAAUUUGUGUGAUACGAAGGUUGUAGAACUUAUGCAUUUUCCAUGACCUUACUCAAGGCCGCUCAUGAA